AUGUGUUUGCAGUUUUUCAGUCCUGAUAUGCUAGGAAGGCAUACUGCCACGCUUGACUACUUCGAAAGCUUGGCGGCUAAAGCUGUAGUGCAGGGCAUGGGACAUACCGUGACACUGACAGACGGAGCGUCGCCAGCACCAGUGCAAGAUGUCAACAGCCAGUUCUGUCUCGAAGUUUGCCGUUUGCAUGGCAAAUGGAAUCGUGUCGUGGUAUCUAUAGUCCAGCACUUUGAGCGGGUUGAGAGCUUUUGCCUUGGGGCAACGCCGGACAUGAAGGACGAGAUGGACAGUCUUCCGGGCCACCUGCAGAGCAUGUCUUGA